GACAUGGCCGCCGCAGCACGCAAGCUGAAGCGGCUCCUGCUUAUUAUCGCAAUUACAGCGGUAAUCCGACCUUGCAAACCGGGACUCCAGGACCAACAGAGGUAUGAAGACCCGCGUUCGGGAUUUUGGCAACUGGACGGUGCGGACUGCACCUCUUCUGUCCGGGGGCCGAGUUUUCCCAUAUGGCAAGUGUUAUCUCAUUAUGGGCGCAUAGAGUCAGCGGUUACGCGAGCAAUUCGCAGAAGGCUGUGCAGGUACGGGCAGCACCAGACCGCCCGGCACCCACUCAUCCUAUCUGGAAUGUGCACCACACGUCCGCCGGCGAGCAUUUUUGCAUCAAUUUUUGCAGGCAAGCACCAGUCAGAAUCCACGCUUACUACCUUCAUUGGGACCGGAGCCUACUUUCUCAUUAUUCUGCUCGCCUCCGGGAACAUUGAACCGAAUCCUGGCCCCGAAGACGCUCCUCAGGACCUGAUUGAACAAAUAGGCAAACUUCUGGAAACCCAACUGACCGCCAAACUGAACGUCACCAAUCAACACAUCAGCGCAAGCAAUGAAGGCAUAAAGGCACUGCGCACCUCAGUCGACGGGAUAGCAGACCAGCUUAAUUCAGUUAACAAAAAGGUUGACGCGCUAACCGCGGAAAAAAACGCCCUCUCAGCCAGAGUGUCUGUCCUGGAGAAGAGGUUGGCGAUUCUUGAGAAAGAUAGGAGGAAGAAAAACAUGGUAGUUUUCGGGCUGUCAUCCACGGCUCCUAUCGAGGAUGCAGUCAAUGAAGUACUCUUCAAGAAGCUGCAACUCGAAGAACGCCCUAGCCGCGACAUUGUGGAGAGCCAGUUUCGGAUUGGCGAUCCCAAGGGUGAAAAGCGGCCCAUCAUCAUCCGCUUUAGAAGUGAGGCUGACAAGGACCGCGCAAUGCGUAACGCUGGGAAACUGAAGGGUACAAGCAUCGUGGUGUCCGACGACCUCACACCCGAAGAGCGGUGCGCGCGCAGGAAGCUCGUCGAAGCGCGAAAUCAGGCGAACAAAAUUGGCCUCCUAGCGAAACUGCAGCGGAAUUUCCUGGUCGUUGAAGGAGAAAAGCUGACCUCUGACGAUGUCUCAAAGCCAGGCUGGCUCAGAAAGUAUCAGCAAAGCCGAGCCACAGACAACCAAGGCAUCGACGCAGAGGCUGAGAGCGAGAGCGGCAACCCGACGGACGAUGGACGGCCCAAGAAGAAGAAGAGAACACGCCAAGAAGCGGCGAUCUCCCCUAGUGAUCCUCCGCUUCCUCCUCCAGCCGGACAGCCCUUGGAUUUUGCCACCGCGCCCCUCAACAGCAACAAAGACAAGCAGGAAAAGGCGGUGGGCAAACCCCAGAGGGGCAGGAUGGUGGAGAGGAGGCUGAGGUCAGCGACAGGCAGCAGCAACGGGUCGGACUCGGAGCGAAGCCACCAGAACUGAAUUUGCGAGGACAAGAGCGCAUCAAAUGAAACUAAUGGCCCCAUUUGUAAGUGUUGAAGUGCCCGAAAACUGUUUUCAAGUGCAGAGCUACCGCCUCUGGAACAAUCUUCCGCCGAAUUUGUGUCUCAACGGAAACCAAAGUGCAUUCAAGGAAUUUUUAAAAGAACAGUACCUCAAGAAAUAUUGAAUCACCUCUCUUUUAUACAAUUAUGUUCAAACUGAUAUUAUUUUGUCUGGAUAUGGCAAUGUAUGGGGCAAAAUAGCCCUGCAGAACCAUAAUAAAGAUUACUUUGAAACU